AUGGUCUACACCCUCGUCUGCAACGUCCACGUCAAGCCCGCGCACAUCAGCGACAUGCAAUCCGAACUCCGCAGGGCGCGCGAGAUCUACGAGAAGGACUCGGAGACGAUCGGGUGGCAUGUCAUGCAGCAUGAGAAGGAGCCGAGCAGGUUUUGCAUCGUCGAGCGGUUCAUGCACGAAGGCUCGUCGCAGCAAGAACACCUCUCGAACCCAUACUGGAAGGAGUUCAACCCGACUGUUGAGCCGUGGCUCGAGAAGCCCAUCGAGAUCCUCCGCUUCAACGAGUUGUAG